GUGCGUACGUACGUGCUGCGCGUGCGCGGAAGGACAGGCCGAGGCUCGGGACGCGCGGUGUGGAAUGAGCGGCUGUUAGGAGGAGGUCGCGCGGGAACUGUUUAAAUCUUAACGAAAUGACUACAGCGGCCCGACCAACGUUUGAACCAGCUAGAGGAGGCAAGGGGAAAGGCGAGGGGGAUCUCAGUCAACUCUCCAAGCAAUAUUCAAGUCGAGAUCUUCCAUCACAUACUAAAAUCAAAUACAGGCAGCCAACCCAGGAUGUUCCAGAAGAGCUGCGUAGCCGUGACUUCCGUCGGGAACUAGAAGAGAGGGAACGAGUCGUAGCACGCGAAAAGGGCAGAGACAGACCACCAAGAGAGCACACAACAUCCUCUUCAAAGAGACCACGUUUGGAUCAGAUUCCAGCAGCGAACCUUGAUGCUGAUGAUCCACUAACAGAUGAAGAAGAGGAAGAAGAUUCUGACAAAGACAGUAGUAGUGAUGAUGAUGAUGACGAUACUGCUGCUCUUUUGGCUGAACUAGAGAAAAUUAAGAAGGAACGUGCAGAAGAACAAGCACGCAAGGAACGUGAACAGAAGGCUGAAGAAGAAAGAAUUAGAAUGGAAAAUAUUCUAAGUGGCAAUCCCUUGCUGAACCUCAUAGGCCAGUCGAGCUUCAAAGUGAAGAGGAGGUGGGAUGAUGAUGUUGUGUUCAAGAAUUGUGCAAAAGGGAUAGAUGACUCAAGGAAAGAUAAAAGAUUUGUGAAUGAUACGCUUCGCUCUGAAUUCCACAAGAAAUUUAUGGAAAAGUAUAUCAAAUAAUUAGCACCAAAUAUUGAUGUUGCUGAUUUAACCAACAUUAACUACAGAGGACUCCCACCCGAAAAGAUGAACUAUUUUGCUCUACAUUUGUUUCCUUGGACUGUGCAUCAACUGUACCCAAGAGGGUGAACAACCUGCUUCCAACAUCAGCCAAUAUUGUUGUGAGAUGACCAUUAGGAGAUCCACUUGAGCAAUCCAGGAAAUUUGGCUCCACCACCAUGAGGAAUAGUCAGAGCUUUGCUCAGUGUCCUCCCAUUGCAUUGCAAGUAAAACCAGACACUCCGUGGUAUAAGGAAAGCAACUGAACUUGUCACCCAACCUCUGUUAGUUUUCAAAUACAUUGGGUCAUCUAAAUGUUGUAUUUUCUGCCGGCUCAAAGUGGGUUGUAAAUUUCUAUUAGUGUAAUAAGUGUGAGAACAACUUCCUUGUGGUAUGUUUUCUGGAUAAAUACAAGGCUGCCUUUAUACCUCAAAACCAUUUGAGAUCCAUUUCUUCUCUAGCUAUAAAGAACAUCUGUUUGAGGUAAUAUUGGGCUCAGAUCUAUUCCUGUCCCAUAAACUAUUAGAACUUGACUGUUGUCCUUCAAUCCAGUGAAGAAUAAAUCGCUUGUUUUGCUUUUAUCCAGAUGCUAGCAAUAAAAGUUUUUUUUAAAAAGUG